GAUCGGGUCUCAGAGGCCUCCCACUCGCCCGGCGUGAGUAUGAAUAGCUGCGUUCGCCCGCGCCGGCACCGCUCUGCUGCCUUCCUUCUGCCGCCGCGAUGCUGAGCAUGGAGGGCUUCGUGGGGGCCAGAGCUCUGGGUGAGGAAUCGCUGCAGAUGUGGGACCUCAACAAGCGCCUGGAGGCCUACCUGGCCCGCGUUAAGUUCCUGGAGGAGGAGAAUGAGGGGCUGCGAGCUGAGAUCCAGAGCACCAAGGAGAGCCCGGCCGGGGACCCACGCAGAGCCAGGUACGAGGAGGAGCUGCGGUCGCUGCGGGAUGCGCUGCACCGCGCCUUCACCGAGAAGUGUGCGGCCGAGCUGGCCAGGGACAACCUGUACGAGGAGGUGCAGCAUGUGAAGAGCAGGUGCCAGAAGGAGCAGGCAGCCCGCGAGGAAGCCAAGAGGCAGCUGUCCUCCAGCAAGAAAGAGCUGGAGGAGGAGAGACGGGCGCAGAUCUGGCUGAAGGAGAGAGCUGUGCAGCUGGAGAAGGAGGUGGAAGCUCUGCUGGAGGUGCACGAGGAGGAGAAAGCGGGGCUGGACCAGGAACUCGCCAGCUUCUCUCAGAGCCUGGAGGGCUUCCGUUGUGCUCCGGUGGCAUUCCAGCCCGUGGAGGUGGAGGACUACUCCAAGAGACUGUCAGAGAUCUGGAGAGGGGCGGUGGAGACCUACAAGGCGGAGGUGUCGCAGCUGGAGCGUGCACUUGGCCAAGCCAAGGAGAACCUCUGGCAGGUGGCAGAGGACAACCAACAGAGCCAACUGCAGCUGCGGCACCUGGAAAAGGAGCUGGUGGGGCUGAAGGUGCGGAAGGAGAUGCUGGAGGAGAGCCUGGGCCAGCAGUGGCAGGAGCAGCAUGGAGAGGCUGAGAAGUUCCAGCUGGCCAUCGAGGCCCUGGAGCAGGAGAAGCAGAGCCUGCAGGUGCAGAUCGCCCAGGUGCUGGAGGACAGGCAGCAGCUCAUGCACCUCAAGAUGUCCCUCAGCCUGGAGGUGGCAACCUACAGGACACUGCUGGAAGCAGAGAGCACCCGGCUGCAGAUGCCUCCCGGGGAGUUCAAGCUGGCCAACAGCCUGCGAGAUGUCAAGCUGGAGGUGAGCAGCAGCAAGCACCGUGCCAGCCUUGCUGCCUUCCCCCGGCCUGAGGGGGUGGCACAGCUGUGCAGAACCCCCGGUGAUGCCCUCAAGGCGCUGACUCCCAAAAGCAAGAGCUCCAGUGCACAGGAGUUCCAGAAAAUCAACUCAGUCCUGCAGGCACCGAGGAGCUGGGAGCCUGCUGCCCCCAGCCACGCUGUCCCAGUGCUGUCCCCAGUGCCAGGCAGUGGGGGGGCGGAGAGCCCAGCCCAUGAGUGUGGGGCUGGUGAGGAGUCCCCACUGCAGAGCCCACUGAGUCCUGAACAGCUGGUCAGCCAUGCACUGCAGGAUGCUCUCAAGGAGAUGCAAGAUGAUGCUGAGGCCAAAGAAGUGCCCAAAUUCAGUGCCACCCAGAGUACCAGGGAUGGGGAUCUUGAAGACCCCAUGGAGGAGGAGGAGGAGGCUGCAGGAACCCAGGAGAUGAGUGUUAAGGGUGGCACCAUGUCCUCGUCUGGGCUGUGUCUCUGCAGCAACGUGCCCACAUUGCUAAGUGCCACCCAGAGUGAUGCGGAGAGCCAGGAGAAGUGGGAGGAGGAGAGGAGUAAAGAGGAGGAGAUGUUGAACCCACUGAGCUCCAUGGAGAGUCAGGAGCCAGGGGGAGAGCCCUGGGGAGGGGACACAAGGGGGUCCAGGCUGGAAGUGGGCAAGGAGGACAUGGAGGCCACCAGCAUGGAGGCUCUGCAUGUCUUGGAGCACAAGGAGCAAAGGGAACCCUGGAGCUCCUCCAGAGAGGAUGAGGAAUGUGAGUUCCCAGAUCAGGAGAGGGAAAUGCAAGAAGAAGAGUCCCUGCAGAUGGAAAUCGAAGCUGCUUGUGCUGUCCCUGUGGGGAGCCACCCAAUUUUGCCUGCGGGAAUCCACUUGCAAGAGGACUUUGUUGAGAGAGAGCAGAAGUCUGAGCACCAGUCCCCGUGUGAGCUGGGUGCUGCUGCAGGGGAGGAAAGGGAGCAGAAGAUGUGCCUGGAGAUGAGGGCCUCUAGCAUUGAAGGGGCCGUGCCAGCAGCAGAGGGCUCAGCAGGGUCUGGAGAAGACACCACAGGAAGGGAGAGCACAGGCAGAGCAAGGGAUGAGGAGGAAGAUAAAGGAAGGGAGGCACUUGGAGAAGAAGACCCCCAGGCAGGGAAGGCUUUGGGAGCCAAAGAGGUAAGGCAGGAGAGCACGGGCUUGGAGGAGGCUGAAGGCAUGUGGGAGGAACCUGUGGACCUGUGGGAAGAACAUAGAGACCCCCAGGAUGGACAUGGGGACCUGCAGGAGGAGCAGGAGGACCUGAGGGUGGAACACAGGGACCUGCAGGUGGAGCAUGGACACACCCAGGAGCAGCAUGGAGACACCCAGGAGGAACCUAGGGACCUGCAGGUGGAACAUAGGGACCUGCAGGUAGAGCAUGGGGACCUGCAGGAGGAGUGUGGGGACCUGCAGGAGGAGCAUGGAGACACCCAGGAGGAACACAGGGACCUGCAGGUGGAGCACAGGGAUCUGCAGGAGGAGAAUGGAGACACCCAGGAGGAAUACAGGGACCUGCAGGAGGAGCAUGGGGACACCCAGGAGGAGCACAGGGACCUGCAGGUGGAGCACAGGGACCUGCAUGUAGAGCACAGGGACCUGCAGGAGGAGCAUGGGGACCUGCAGGUAGAGCACAGGGACCUGCAGGUGGAGCAUGGAGACACCCAGGAGGAGCACAGGGACCUGCAGGAGGAACACAGGGACCUGCAGGUAGAGCAUAGGGACCUGCAGGAGGAGCAUGGGGACAUCCAGGAGGAGCACAGGGACCUGCAGGUGGAGCAUGGGGACCUGCAGGUGGAGCACAGGGACCUGCAGGUGGAGCAUGGAGACACCCAGGAGGAAUACAGGGACCUGCAGAAGGAGCAUGGGGACAUCCAGGAGGAGCACAGGGAUCUGCAGGAGGAGCAUGGGGACACCCAGGAGGAGCACAGGGACCUGCAGGAGGAGCACAGGGACCUGCAGGUAGAGCACAGGGACCUGCAGGAGGAGCAUGGGGACAUCCAGGAGGAGCACAGGGACCUGCAGGUGGAGCAUGGAGACAUCCAGGAGGAGCAUAGGGACCUGCAGGUGGAGCAUGGAGACACCCAGGAUGAGUACAGGGACCUGCAGGAGGAGCAUGGGGACAUCCAGGAGGAGCAUAGGGACCUGCAGGUGGAGCAUGGGGACCUGCAGGAAAGGUAUGGGGACACCCAGGAGGAACAUAAGGACCCGCAGGAGGAACAUGGGGACUUGUGGGAGGAACAUGGAGACCCCCAGGAGGAACAUGGGGACCUGUGGGAGGAACACGGGGUCUUGAAGGAAGAACAUGGGGACCUGCAGGAGGAGCUUGGGGACUUGCAGGUGGAGCAUGGGGACCUGCAGGUGGAGCAUGGGGGCCUGCAGGUGGAGCAUGGGGGCCUGCAGGAGGAACCUGGGGAACCUUGGGUGCAGUGUGGGGAGCAGGGCUCUGCAGAGGAUGGGCUGGAGCAGGACAUGGUGCUGCAGCCAGGAGAGGGGGCAUGGGGCAGUGAAGACAAUGACAUUGAGCAAAAGCAGCAAGCACAGGACUGGGAAGAGACAGCGGAGGAUGAAGAGGAGACAGAAGUCGACACUGUCACAUCCCAAGAGCCAGCCCAGGUGGAUGACAACCCAUAUGCAGAGGCAGCAGAAAAUGAGGAGGGAGAUGUCACGUCACCAACAGCAAUGGAGGAAGCCCAGGAAGGUGAGGAUGACGGAGAUGCUGGGAGUGAGGUGCAGAGCCAGCAGCAGCUACAGGGCACAGCAGGACAGGAGGCUGAGCCAGCCCCAGUGCAGGAAGAAAUGAGGUAUGGGGACACUGGAGAGGCACCAAGGGACCCACAGGAGCCAGCUGAGACGCUGGAGGUGCAGGAUGAGGAGCUUAGCUCAGAGCCCGUUGAGCUGGAGAGAGGCAGCCUCGACACUGCAGUGCUGCAGCAGGAUCUGGGCAAUGGCGCAGAGAGUGAUGAGCCCAUGAAGGAGGACAUUGAGUCAGAGGAUGCUCAGUUGGAUGAGCCCAAGCCGUGCAGGAUGGAAUUAGAGGACACGCUGCUCAAUAGCACGCCGCUAUGUGCAUACAGCGGGGAGGUGCUGGAGACUGACCCAAACCCUCCAUCCAGUGGAGGGGAUGGGGAAAUAGAACCUGAAAUGGCUCUGGAGGAGGAAGGGGAGCUGAGAGGGAGUGAUGAAGCAGUGGUUCACGCAGAGACAGAGAGCUGUGAGGAGUCAGGGAUGGAGCUGAGCUCUGCGCCAGAAUGCAUCGAGGAGGAGGAAGGGUACUUCAUAGUUUCUGCUCCCAACCAAGAGGGGUCCAGCAUUGAGGAAGCUGAGAACUUAGAGGAAUUUGAAGAAAUUAAAGUUGAAGCAGCAGAAGACAGAAAGGAUGAACUAACAGCGCCUGCAGUAGCCUCUCCGGUGCUAGAGGAUGAAGGGCACUUGGAGCCAUUUGGGGAGGAAGCUGAAGAUGUGAAAAUGCCCACAGGAGAACUGGAGAUACCAAAGCAGGAGGAUGAGGAGGAUGCAGGGGGUUUUGCUGCUGAGCUGGAAGAAGGACUGGCUGUGCCCAUGGAUGAAGGGCUGUCUGAGGGGCACACUGAUAAGACCAUCCUGGGUGAUGAGGGCCUGGGGGAGGAGGACGUGCAGGAUAGUGACAACCCCCCAGCCACUGAGACCUCCAACACUGACCCCUCCAACACUGACCCACCUCCAGGCACCAUGCUGGAGCAUGGAUCUGGCAUGGAGGCAGCUGAAUAUCUCCCCGAUGUGCCCACACAGAUGCCAGAAGACAUGAAGGACUCGGAUAUCCUGGAAAUAGUAGAGCAAGCCCUGGAGUUCAAUCAGGAGCUGGUACUGGGAGCCAAGGUAGCCAAGGAUGGGGAGGGGGAUGACGACACACAGCCCCCACAGGAGGAGGAAGGGGGGUCCUCACCCACCUCAUCCAGUGAUGAGCAGCCAACGGUGCAGGAGGCGGUGGCAGAGCCGGAGCGCACCAAGAACGGGGAGCAGAACGGGCUGCACCGGCAGGCCAGCCUGGAGGACCUGGCUGAGUUCACUGAGGAGGGGCUGAAUGGCAUCACCCACCCAGCAGAAGAAGCCCCUGCUGCCCACACCCUGCCCCUGCCCAGCAAGCACAGUGGGGCUGAGCCUGUCCCUCCGCUGUCUCCGCUGCAGACCGAGUCCUGCGCCCAGAGCAGGAGCCCUGGUCCUCUGGGGAGGAGUGAUGGUGGUGGGCCCCACAGCCCCACGACAAUCGGACACCUCCCAUAGCACUGCCUACGUAGCACGCCCAUUUCCCUUUGGUUUGUAACAUGUUUGUGUGGGUUUUGCCUUGUUGAACGGAUGCCCGGCACGCGGCAGCGCAGCUGAGCGAGGGGCCACAUCUUCACACCUCAGAGCAAGGAACCGGGCUCUUUCUCUGCCUCCAGAUCCCACACUUGUGCUGGUUUCAGCCUCAUUUUGUACCCCAGGUGCGCUCUUUACUGCAGUAUUUAAUUUAAACGCUGCAUCUCCUUCCCCAUUCAGCCCAGCCAGGUGCACGCAGUGUGAUUUCCGUACAGGCUCACCUUUGUGUUGCACACUGGGAUGUCCAUCCCCAACCCACCCAAUGCUCACAGCGCUGAGCCACACCGGAUGCAUCCGCCGCCUUGACACUAAGUUAAUAAAGCAUCGCCCUCCCACUCUGA